UACGUGCACAUGUGCUACAGAUCUUUGAAAGUGGUUGAUUUUUUUGUGUGUGAAAUUUGAGUGCAGAGAAAUGGCAGACUCUGGUGCUGGUUCUUCUAAACCAAGAACAAACCUGUUUGAUUUGUUUUUAAAUGAAGAAAGUGAUAGUGAAGAUGACUUUAAUAUUCCUCAUGUGAACUACGAUAGUAGUAGCAGUGAUGAUAGUGAUAGUUGCAGUGAAGAUGAAGUCAUUGAGGAUCAUGAGACACAUCAACUUUCUGUUGCUGAUAAAUUUGGCUGGCAAACUAUAGAUAUUGAACCCAACAGAUUGAGAACAGAUCCUGUUUUUACAGUUAGAAAUCCUCUAAGUUCAAAAAACAUUGAUCUUGCUGAAUGUACAGACCCUGUUCACUUUUUUUCUUUGUUAUUUGAUGAUGAAGUGAUGAACACUCUGUUGAAAGAAACCAACAGAUAUGCCCAACAGUUUCUGUCUACAGAAGCUGUUCGGGAAUGGAUUGCUAGGCAUCCUAGCAGCCGGUACAACAAGUGGCCAAUAAAUGGUAUAACCAUGGAUCAGCUUAAAAAAUAUUUAGGACUUCUACUGAACAUGGGAGUUGUAGCGAAAAAAAAGAUCAGUGAUUACUGGUCAACGAGACCUACACUGUCAACGCCCUUUUUCAACGACACAAUGAACUGCAACAUGUUUUUCCUGAUUCAUCGGAUGCUCCAUCUUAACAAUUUAGAAACUGAGAAGAAAAGAGGUGAAGACAAUUUUGAUCCCUGGAGUAAGAUUAGACCUUUCCUGGACAAAGUAAAUACUAUGUCUAAAAAGUACUACAUUCCUUCUAAAAACAUUUCCAUAGAUGAGUCGAUGAUUGGAAUGAAAAAUCGUUGUGUUUACAUUCAAUACAUGCCAAAUAAAAGGCAUGCACGAUUUGGCAUCAAAAAGUUUCAACUGUGUGACUCCAAUGGCUUCAUCAUGCACAUAGAGUUGUAUGGUGGUAAAGAUUUUGAUGUCAGACAUGAUGAAGGACAAGCUUUUGCCGUGGUUAGACAUCUGAUGGAAGAAUCGAAGCUACUAAAUAAGGGCUACCACCUCUACACAGAUAAUUUUUAUACUAAGCCUGCACUGGCAGAGUUUCUACUUGAAAAAAAAACAUUAUUAACUGGAACAGUAAGGGCUAAUUCCAGAAACAUCCCUGAAAACAAAUCUGCUAGACUACAAAUUGGAGAGGCCAGCUUUUGGCGAAAGGGUGAAAUGCUUUUUUUGUCCUUCAGAGAGAAGAAGUCACAGACUAAACCUGUAUAUGUCCUCUCUAUUCUGCUCACAAUGCAGUCAUAGAAGAUAGGACAAUUAAUGGAAAACAGAAGAGAAAACCACAGGCAAUUUUUGACUACAAUUCGUACAUGGGCGGAGUGGAUCUUAGUGACAAAAGAAUUUGCCACUAUGCGUCUGAAAGGUCCACUCGACGAUACUGGAAAAAGA